AUGCUCCCCAGAGGAGGAGGAGCAGAGGCCCAGGACUGGCAUCUGGACAUGCAGCUGACGGGCCAGCUGGUGCUGUCCGCCGCUGCCCUGCUCCUGCUGACCGCAGCCUACAGGCUGUACAAGUCCAGGCCAGCCCGGGCCCUGCCGCGGCAGGGGGGCACCGAGGCCCGGGCAGAGGGGGAGGCGGAGGGCUCCAGGCAGCCUGCCGUCCAGGAGGCUGGUCCCCGGGCGCCACAGUGGGACGUGAGACGCCGCAGGGGAAGCAAGGCGGGCACAGGAUUGCCGGGCUGCAGCUGGGAGAACACGGAGGCCUCCAGAGUCCCGGCCUCCAGAGCUUCCUCCGCAGCCUCAGAAGCUGGAGAGGCUGGGAAAGCUGGGAGGAAAGGUGCUAGAGCGGAGCAUGCUGGGCAGCGCCCGGAUGCUGACCUGGCAGCUCCUCGGUGCGGAGGCCAGGAAGCCGGAACAGCCGUGGACGGUAGGCCCGAGCUGCCCCACCACUGCCAGCCGUGUGGCGAACCCCCAGUGCCCCCCGCUGGCCUCCCCGCCGUGGAGAGCGGCCGUGUGGGCGGUGAGCUCGCUCCCUGGCGGGACAGUGGACCCCCCAAGCAUCCAGGGGGUGGGGAGCAGGAAUCCCCCCAUGAAGGUCAGGCGGCCUGCCCUGAAGCCCGGUGUGACAUGAACAACAGCUGGGUCUUUACCCAUGCGUCAGGGGUCCACAGGGAGGAGGCGGGGGCCCUCCAGGCUGCCUCGGACCUGGGCCUGGCCCUGCGUCAGCGGGAGGGCGGCUCCGACGCCUCCUACACCUUCUCGUCUGUGGCCCGGGUUCGAGUAGAGGAGAAUUUCAUACGGGAGAAGGUGGAGGGGAUCAGGCCCAGGCUGAAGGGCAAGGUGUACGAUUACUACGUGGAGUCCACGUCUCAGGCCACCUCCAGGAGCAGGCUGGCCCCCAGAACAGCCGCCCCACUGGGGGCUCCAGCCCCGGAGUCAGUAUCAGACCCCCUGGGAAUGAGGACAGCGUCUGAAGGGCCCGCCGAUGACAGAGAGGGUGGACCGGAGACCACCGCCUCUCCCCGGCCUGUCCCCUCCCACUCCACACGAGGCUUCAGCCGCAAGGAGAGCCUCCUUCAGAUCGUGGAGAACCCGGAGCUUCAGCUGCAGCUCGAUGGCUUUGGGGACCCUCUUUCAUCCUGCCCAGACCAGGGUGCCCUGCCCACUCGCCCCACGUCCCAGGAUUCUCCUGAGUUCAGCCCAGCCGGAAGCCGCAGGAAUCCCCCCGUGCACUCUGUGGCUGGAACCAACUUCUUCCGCCCCCAGCUCGGCCCUGGAUCAGCCCCAGAGGUCCACCUGGAUCUGGGCAAUUGCUACGAGGCGCUGACCUUCGCCAAGAGGGAGAAACUGGAGCCCCUGAAGGAGGCGGCCUACAAGGUGAUGAGUGACAACUACCUCCAGGUCCUGCGGAGCCCCGACAUCUACGGGCGCCUGAGCGGGGCGGAGCGUGAGCUGGUCCUCCAGCGCCGGCUGCGGGGCCGCAAGCGCCUGGUGGUGGCCGACGUGUGCCCCCAGGAAGGCUCCGGCCGCCUCUGCUGCUACGACGACGCGCGGGACGUCUGGCGCCCGCUGGCCCGCCUGCCGCCCGAGGCUGUGUCCCGGGGCUGUUCCAUCUGCAGCCUCUUCAAUUACCUCUUCCUGGUGUCCGGUUGCCAGGGCUCGGGGCGCCAGCCCUCCAAUCGCGUCUUCUGCUACAACCCGCUGACGGACAUCUGGAGCGAGGUGUGCCCCCUGAACCAGGCUCGGCCGCACUGCCGGCUGGUGGCCCUGGACGGACAGCUCUACGCCGUCGGGGGCGAGUGUCUGAACACGGUGGAACGCUACGACCCUCGCCUGGACCGCUGGACCUUUGCGCCGCCGCUGCCCAACGACACCUUCGCCCUGGCGCACACGGCGGCGGCGAGCGGGGGCGAGCUCUUCGUCACCGGGGGCUCGCUGCGCUACCUGCUGCUGCGCUUCUCCGCCCGGGAGCAGCGCUGGCGCGCCGGGCCCACCGGGGGCGGCAGGGACCGCACGGCCGAGAUGGUGGCGGUCAGAGGCUUCCUCUAUCGCUUCGACCUCAACCGCAGCCUGGGCAUCAGCGUCUACCGCUGCAGCGCCAGCGCCCGCCUCUGGUACGAGUGCGCCACGUACCGGACGCCGUACCCCGACGCCUUCCAGUGCGCCGUGGUGGACGAGCUCGUCUACUGCGUGGGGCGUCGGCGCACGCUGCGCUUCCUGGCUGACUGCGUCUCGCCCAGGUUUGUGCCCGAAAUGCUGCAAGCCUUCCCCUCCCCGCAGGGCACCCUUCUGCCCACCGUCCUGACCUUGCCCGGUCCUGAUGUGCCCCAGACCAGGGUCUAG